UCUCCAAGCUAACUCCUUCUUAGGGUUUAUUAUUCAUAGAGAAAAACCCUUGAGAGACUCUGCUUCCAAAUCCUGAAUUCCAUAACAACCCUCUCCCCAAUUCCAACCUUUCAUGGGUCCUUCCAAGAGAAAACUGCUCGACGAUGAUUCCAGACAACCUUCCCCGAAGCAACACAGAACUAAUGUCCCUGCCAUUCUUGAACACGAACCGGUUGCGUGUCUUCACGAUGUCUCCUACCCUGAGGGUUCUUUCAAUCCUCUCCCAUCAUCUAGUCUAUCUUCGACUGGAGAGGAGUUGGAACCGGCUAAGGUUUUCCCUUUCUCUCUUGACCCUUUUCAGUCUGAGGCUAUCAAGUGCUUGGAAACUGGAGAAUCUGUCAUGGUGUCUGCCCAUACAUCAGCUGGUAAAACUGUUGUGGCAUUGUACGCAAUUGCCAUGUCUCUCCGGAAUAAACAGCGUGUCAUAUACACCUCACCAAUAAAGGCCCUCAGCAACCAAAAAUAUAGGGAAUUUAAAGAAGAAUUCUCAGAUGUUGGUUUAAUGACUGGGGAUGUGACAAUUGAUCCAAAUGCGUCUUGUCUGGUCAUGACGACAGAGAUUUGGCGAAGCAUGCAGUACAAAGGAUCAGAGGUUACACGGGAAGUGGCAUGGAUUAUUUUUGAUGAAGUACAUUACAUGCGUGAUCGGGAGCGUGGUGUUGUUUGGGAAGAGAGCAUUGUCAUGGCUCCAAAGAAUGCUCGAUUUGUUUUCCUCUCAGCAACUGUACCAAAUGCAAAAGAAUUUGCUGAUUGGGUUGCCAAGGUCCACCAUCAACCAUGUCAUAUUGUUUAUACUGACUAUCGGCCAACGCCUCUUCAACACUAUAUUUUCCCAUCUGGAAGUGAAGGCUUAUACUUGGUGGUUGAUGAAAAGGGGCAUUUUCGCGAGGAUAGCUUUCAAAAAGCUUUAAAUGCACUUGUCCCUGUUAGUGACGGCGACAAGAAAAAGGAAAAUAAUGGGAAGUGGCAGAAGAGUUUGACUUUGGGCAAAACCGGUGAAGACAGUGAUAUAUUUAAGAUGGUGAAGAUGAUAAUUCAGCGGCAAUAUGAUCCUGUUAUACUUUUCAGCUUUAGCAAAAGAGAAUGUGAAUUUCUUGCAAUGCAGAUGGCAAAAUUGGAUCUAAAUGGUGAUGAUGAAAAGGUGAACAUAGAAACCAUCUUUUGGAGUGCUAUGGAUAUGCUUUCAGAUGAUGAUAAGAAGCUCCCGCAGGUUUCAAAUAUGUUGCCUCUCUUGAAGCGUGGAAUAGGGGUCCAUCAUUCUGGCUUGCUCCCUAUUUUGAAGGAGGUGAUCGAGAUAUUAUUUCAAGAAGGGCUAAUCAAGUGUUUGUUUGCCACAGAGACCUUCAGCAUUGGUUUAAACAUGCCUGCAAAAACUGUAGUGUUCAGUAAUGUUCGUAAGUUUGAUGGGGAUAAGUUUAGAUGGUUAUCAAGUGGUGAGUAUAUACAAAUGAGUGGUCGAGCUGGACGGAGAGGAAUUGAUAAACGUGGGAUAUGUAUCCUUAUGGUGGACGAGAAACUGGAACCUUCAACUGCUAAAAUGAUGCUUAAAGGAAAUGCGGAUUGCUUGAACAGUGCUUUUCACUUGAGCUAUAACAUGCUCUUGAAUCAAAUCCGUUCUGAAGACGGCAAUCCUGAAAAUCUGCUGCGUAAUUCCUUCUACCAGUUCCAAGCCGACCGCAACAUACCUAACCUUGAGAAACAAGUGAAAAGCCUUGAAGAGGAGAGGGAUUCCAUAGUGAUUGAAGAGGAAGAUAGUUUGAAGAAUUAUUAUGAUUUACUAAAUCAGUACAAAAGUUUAAAGAAGGAUAUUCGUAACAUUGUGUUGUCUCCUAGAUACUGCUUGCCAUUUCUGCAACCUGGCAGGCUUGUAUCUAUUGAAUGCAACCGUAAUGAUGAGAUUUCUUCUACAUUUUCCAUAAAGGACCAGGUUACGUGGGGAUUGAUAAUUAAUUUUCAAAGGGUGAAAGGUGUUUCCGAAGAGGAUGCUAGCAUGAAACCAGAAUCUGCAAACUACACUGUGGACGUUCUUACAAGAUGCAUUGUCAGUAAAGAUGGCAUUGGGAAAAAAAAUGUUAGGAUUAUUCAAUUGAAAGAGCACGGAGAACCCCAUGUUGUUUCCAUACCAAUAUCUCAGAUCAAUACUUUAGCUAGUAUUCGUAUACUUAUACCAAAUGAUCUUUUGCCGUUGGAAGCUCGAGAGAAUACAUUGAAGAAGAUUUCUGAAGUUCUAUCAAGAUUUCCAAAAGGAGUUCCCCUUCUAGAUCCAGAAGAGGAUAUGAAAAUCCAAAGUAGUUCAUACAGAAAGGCUGUGCGUAGAACAGAGGCUUUGGAGAGCCUCUUUGACAAGCAUGAGGUGGCAAAAUCGACACUUGUUGAGGAGAAGCUCAAAGCAUUACAUUUGAAGCAGGAGUUAACAGCUAAAAUCAGAUCAAUUAAGAAACAAUUGCGUUCUUCUUCUGUAUUGGCCUUCAAAGAUGAACUGAAGGCCAGGAAACGAGUAUUGCGGAGGCUUGGUUACACCACAAGUGAUGAUGUUGUGGAACUGAAAGGCAAGGUUGCUUGUGAAAUCAGUAGUGCAAAUGAAUUGACUCUUUCAGAGCUGAUGUUCAACGGGGUUUUCAAGGACACAAAAGUGGAGGAAAUUGUCGCUCUGCUAUCUUGUUUUGUGUGGCAAGAAAAACUUCAGGAUGCAGCAAAGCCUAGGGAAGAGCUUGAGCUGCUUUUCAUUCAACUACAAGACACAGCUCGAAGGGUUGCUAAGGUCCAGCUUGAAUGCAAGGUCGAAAUUGAUGUAGAAGGCUUUGUGAGUUCAUUUAGACCGGAUAUUAUGGAGGCUGUAUAUGCUUGGGCAAAAGGAUCCAAAUUCUAUGAGAUAAUGGAAAUAACACAGGUUUUUGAGGGGAGCUUGAUUAGAGCGAUAAGAAGACUUGAAGAAGUUUUGCAACAACUUAUAUUAGCUUCAAAGUCCAUUGGUGAAACUGAACUUGAAACCAAGUUUGAAGAGGCUGUUUCCAAAAUCAAGAGGGAUAUUGUUUUUGCUGCUUCUUUGUACUUGUAGUUGUUUCCCUUAUGUUUCUUAUUUUAAUUUUUUGUAUAACAUUGAGUGGUUAAUUUAUAAUUAUAUGCGGCUCUUUGUAAAUUUUCUUAUAUUUUUUUGGAAAAGAAAAAACAUUUCUAGUCCUUGAAUUUUAAUGUACUACAAUUGGUUCUUAACAGCACAUUAAAUGCCAUAUCGAAUUAACUGACCAUCAAUUACUUUA